CCGGUCCCUGGCGCACCGUGCCACGAGGAGUGGGAGAGGCGGGGCUGAAAUUAGGCACAGCAGCAUGAGAUCCGAGGCGAUCGUCGGCCAUGAACUGAACUCUCGUCCACUCUUCACGCGACGCUCGCAGGGACGGGCGGAUAGCGAUGAAAAGCACCUCCGUUUUCCAUACAGUCUCCGGGCUGCAGCACGAGGACGAGGACGAGGAAGAGGAAGAGGAAGAAGGUGAUGAUGGCCCACAAGGGCACUACUGGCAGCCUCGCACCCGAGGGCGAGCUUGUCCGUCGAUCGCGUGCAUCCGAAGGCGCGCACGGGAACGCGGGCGAUGGCGGAAGGGAAAGCCAGCCACGAGAGACAGCGAGUGGCGUGGUGGCCUGGCGAGGCUCGUCGGGCACGGGACGAAUUCGUACGCUCCAUACGUUUGUCAUCCGUUCCCAUGUCGGCGUCGUCUUUUGUUGUUCUCCUGAGCUCAGUGCGCGCGUCAGUUACCCGGUGACCGGCGGGCGAGCGCACCGGCUGAUCGAUGCUGCGGACACCGGAUGAGGUUUGGACCCCGCGCUGUGAACCGAUCGGGCGGAUCGUCUCGUUCAGCGCGGAGCGUGCGUUCGUCGAUGGUCGUCCGCCUCGCCUCGUCUCGUCCUUUGACGAUGGGGGGCUGCGGAGCGAAGGACGACGAGGACGAGAAGAAGCAGCAGCAGCUGCAGCGGAAGCUGUGUAAUCGGAGCAGGUGGUGGUUGGUGGAUCGUCGUUGGUCCGUAGUCCCGCGCUGCGACGAGUAGGACCGGGACCGUGGCGACGACGGUGUAGCAGUAGCGCAAGCCGAGGAAUCACGGAGCGCAGCUAGCGACGAGGGCUGCGAUUGUCGAGCGGAAUACUCGCGAUACAGAACAUUUGCGGAGUGGUCGGGAAGGGAAGUGGGGAUUCGCUUCGAGUUUCGAGCUGGGGAAGGGAGGGAAAGAGAAGGGAAGGGAACGGAGCCUUUGGAGAGGAGAGGAGAGGGACCGGGAGGUUCAGCGAGCGAGCUCGUGGGUGGCGCACGCAUGAUUGGACGGAAGACGUGUUGGGAGGAAUACAUGGUCGGACAAUCUGAAUCGAAAUUGUCGAUGAAGCAGAGAGACGGUUUGUUCUUGCCAUGUACUUUUUCCAAAUCUUCAGAUUCGACCUCCACUCCUCCGGCCAUUCGGUAGUCGGCGGGCGUCCCCACUCCAAUCCUGAUUGAUGCCGCGAGGUCACAGCUUGUAGAUUCGAGCGGAAAUGGGUCCGUCUUCGACCUUUUUGUGCUCGCAGGAAUCCUCUGUCAUCCGUGGAGGCACUAAGGGGUUUCUUGUAGGAAAGCCUGCGUCUUGGAAAGCUCAGCGCGUCCCCGGUACGGCAAUCAAGAGAAACCAGUGUGAUUUAUCGUCUGCUUCAAAUUGGUCUCGCCGUCAAGACUCCGUUAUUAAAUUUAAGAGUUGCUCGUCUUCGAUCAUAUCUUCGUCUCGGUGGCGAGCAAUUAGUAGAGUGCAACAGGGUAGCAUUAAAAGUCAUGAGAUACAGGUCGUGUACAGAAGAGGUUAUAGAAGAGCAUUUUGCUCUGGAUGUCACUGGCUCCGUGGUGACAAUGAGGAUGAAAUCUUCAGUGGUCGACCCCGGAUGAAUCGGGCUUCUUCUUCUAGAAAGAAAUUGAGGUGCUUAGCCUAUGACGGAGAUUCAGGGGAGCCUCCGUCUGUGGACUGGACGGCUUUAGCUUCGAUCGAGCAAGCAAUUCAAUUUCAGGCAAGGGAAGAGAGUCGGCUGUUCUGGUUUGGACCACCCACGGGCGAUCUGGCGGAAAUCGAAGCCUUUUGUCGGCUUCAUAGGCAUGCCGAAAGUCUGCACACAACCGUGAUGGAUGCUCUUCGUAGCUACAGCGCCAUAGCAAGCUCUGACGUUGGGGCAGGUCCUGAUAGAGGGGAUGUGUCUCUAGUCGAAGAAAACGUCGCAGCAGGUCUAGCGCACAUAAUGUCUCUGCUUCAUAUACGCAAGACAGACCUAUUAUGCUCGACGAGUGUGGGCAGGCCGCAAGAGGAGGCUCCAUUAGAUGAACCGCCUCCAUUCGCAAAGUUUAGAUCAGAGGUGAGAGAAUGCUGCAGACCAUUAGAAACAGCCUUAGAAAGCUUGUUGCCAGCUGACAGCGUACAGCGUCUGGCUGUUAGAAGAAGCAUGUUGAAGCUUAAAAACGCCUGCUUAGACUCUGGGUUUAUGAGACCGGACGGGCUUCCCAAGCACGCGGACAUUCCGAAUCUCGCUGUAGUGAGAUUAAGACCGUCAAAGAAUGCGAGAGCGUUGCACAAGGAUGAAGAUGUGGCUUUUUGGCGCGGUGGUCAAGUUACGGAGGAGGGUUUAGAGUGGCUUUUAACCAAGGGCUUUAAGACGAUCGUUGAUAUGAGAGAAGAAUCAGCCCAACCCAUUGCUCAGAGUGCAAUAGAAAAUGCAGUCGCUUCAGGUAAAAUAAGUGUAAUGAGGCUACCCGUAGAGAGGGGAGAACACCCAACCAAAGAGCAAGUAGAGGAAUUUGCUGGGUUGGUCGCUGAUGCCAAGAACAAACCUCUCUAUUUGCAUACACGGGCUGGAGUAGGACGAGCUUCUGCCAUGGUUUCGUGUUGGCGGGAGCAUGUUCUUCGGGAAAAGGCAAGGGAACGUAGGGAAAAGAAGGUCCUUACAAAUGGUACCGCGGUGAACAGAGCCGAGACAGUGAAAGAGAAUGAGCUGGAGAAAGAGAAGGCGGUCGAUUUAACAUUUGAGGUCCGCGCGAAGGAGAGAGAUGCGGUCGAGUCAAGCACGGGCACGAACAUGAACGGACAAGUCAACGCCAUGCUGGGAUCCCAGGUCAAAGACGUGCCAGAGGUUUCGGCGUCGAAUCAAAUUGUUGUCAAAGACUCGUCUAGCAGCGAAGUAAGAUCAGUAAAUGGCAAAGCUGCAACUACUCCCCGAGAUGCUCAGGUCGAGGAAAUGCCAGCUUUUGUGCUCAAGAACGCGUUUGAAGCUCAAAGACCACCAAGUGCGUUGUCAAGACCAGCCUUGUCACGGUUUAUGAAGCAGAAGAAGAACACAUCAAUGUUUCUGUCUGGUAGAGAAAAGGCAGCUUCCAAGAGCUCAUACGCAGACGGUCGGGAGACCUUAGACAUGUUUGGAAAUCUUGCCGGACCUGCUGGGAGGUGGGGUCUUGCGAGUCCGGGUAUUCCAAGAGCUGAAAAUAAGGCAUUCGCAGAAGCAAAAGAAGCCAAAGAAGCCGAAGAGAAGUCUGCGCUUGGUACUAGCACCAGAGAUGAAACAGCUGUCGUUGGCGGAGAAAAGCAGAAUGGCUACGCCAAAGCCGACAAGGUGUAUGAACGUGAGGAUGGAAGGGAUGCCAAAAAUGAUCAAGAGCAAAAUGACGAGGAGACUGAACAGCCUUCUACUGAAACGAAAGGUCGUAACGGUGCACUCUUCCAACUUCAUAGUGAUCAAGUUAUUCCCGAAGAAGGGGAGGAACCGGUUGUCGUGGAAGGUGAUAUGUGUGCGUCAACAACUGGGGUGGUACGGCUGCAAUCAAGGAAAAAGGCUGAGAUGUUUUUAGUCCGCACGGAUGGAUACUCGUGCACGCGAGAACGUGUGAAGGAAUCGACAUUGGCCUUCACUCACCCUAGCACCCAGCAACAAAUGCUUAUGUGGAAAACUCCUCCGAGGACCUGCCUAAUCUUGAAAAAGCUGGGUGACGAGCUUUUACCAGCUUUUCAGCAGGUGGCAUCGUUUCUUCAUCAUCAAGAAGGCAUGAAUGUCGUCGUGGAACCUGAAGUUCACGAUCGUCUCGCGAGGUUACCUGGCUAUGGUUUCGUGCAAACCUUCUACAGUCGCGAUACAAGUGAACUUCAUGAGAGGGUGGAUUUCGUCGUGUGCCUGGGAGGAGAUGGUGUAAUCUUGCACGCUUCAAAUUUGUUUCGAAGCGCUGUGCCACCUGUGGUCUCCUUCAACCUUGGUUCACUAGGCUUUUUGACUGCUCACCCUUUCAAGGAAUUUAAAGAAGACUUACGAGCCAUCAUCCAUGGCCACAGUGAAAUGAUGACUGGAGUAUAUAUCACGUUAAGGAUGCGUUUGCGUUGUGAACUUUACCGAAACGGGAAGGCAAUCCCAGGAAAAGUCUUUGAUGUGCUAAACGAGGUUGUCGUUGAUAGGGGAUCCAACCCUUAUCUUAGUAAAAUUGAGUGCUACGAGCGGAACCGCCUCAUAACGAAGGUACAAGCAGAUGGAGUCAUUGUAGCCACACCGACUGGAAGCACGGCCUAUUCGACAGCUGCAGGAGGAUCCAUGGUGCACCCGAAUGUUCCGUGUAUGCUCUUCACUCCGAUUUGUCCACAUUCACUAUCCUUCCGCCCGGUUAUUUUGCCAGACUCGGCUCUGCUAGAAUUGAAGGUGCCCAGAGAUGCUCGAAAUAAUGCUUGGGUUUGUUUCGAUGGGAAGAAACGGCAACAAUUGUCCAAAGGUGAUUCUGUUCGAAUUUGCAUGAGCGAGCAUCCUCUUCCGACUGUCAACAAAAACGAUCAGACCGAUGACUGGUUCCAGAGCCUUGUACGGUGUCUCAACUGGAACGAGCGGUUGGAGCAAAGACCGCUGAAUACACCGUCUUGAUCACACACCCUUUGUAAGAAAAAUAUUCUCCUCGGAAGAUGCAUUCGAAUUUAUAUGGUCACAAUUUGAGGCACGGUGUAUAACAGCAGUAUUUUCAGUCUAUGUUAUUAGUGACGAGUAGAGGCGUAAAUUUGCAGUGAGAUGAGAGUUUUGCAACCGAGUCUCCACCGACGGCUUUACGCUACAGUUGGACUACGACAGUUCAGUCGCGUGUAUACUAUCUGGAGCCUUUUAGUGUUAUAUCAUCUAUUAAUUGAAUGCAUCGCCUCGACGGCCUUGCAAAGCAUCUCAUUCUUUUGUGAAGGCCAUAAAUUAUGGCAUAUAUACUACAGGAAUCGCUGUUUGGAGAUGGUGUAAAAUACCUGUCAUGAUUGUAACAUCUCCUGUUACCCUUUGCUAGUAUAACGAGAGCUGAGGUUAGUGAGCCCUUCAGUCUGGCUGGGUCUUCAGUGUCCACAUAUAAUCGAACCGAAGCAGAAGCUCUUAUUAGAGCAUUCAAUGUAACGCCAUUUGUUACGGCUUGUACCAAGAGAAAUGUAUCAAGGCUCUUGAUUUUUGUCCUGAACAGGCCGAUUCCAUUUCCUUCCGCUCUUCGUCGUUUCUGCUUGGUGAACCAGGUGUCGAUUGCGGACUUUUUUGAACCACUGGAG